AUGGAGACUUUGUCUUAUGAGGAAUUCGCCGACAAGUGGACAGAAGUUCCAUUCAUCCUGACCAACUACAUUCAGUCAUGGCCUGUCUAUCAUGACUGGAACCUAAAUGUCAUCUUAGAACGCUACAAGGACGUGGAAUUCCGAGCUGAGGCCGUCGACUGGCCAUUCUCGACGUAUCAUGAUUACAUGAAAAACAGCAACGACGAAAGCCCCCUGUAUCUUUUCGACAAGAGAUUUGCCGAGAAGAUGGGGAUCAAGGUCGGAAAGGAAGAGGGAGCGGCGUAUUGGAAGCCGGAAUGCUUUGGACCUGAUCUCUUCGAGCUCCUCGGCAAGGAGCGACCGGCCCAUCGAUGGCUCAUUAUCGGACCCGAACGAAGCGGAUCAACCUUCCACAAGGACCCCAAUGGCACGAGUGCAUGGAACGCGGUCGUCCAGGGCACCAAGUACUGGAUCAUGUUUCCGCCAUCGGCCCAGGUUCCGGGAGUCUACGUUUCGAGUGACAGCAGUGAGGUGACGAGCCCGUUGAGCAUCGCGGAGUGGCUGCUUGAGUUUCAUGCGGAGGCGCGACAGCUGCCUGACUGCAUCGAGGGUAUCUGUAGAGAGGGCGAGAUCUUACAUGUACCCAGCGGAUGGUGGCAUCUGGUGGUCAACUUGGAGAACGGCAUCGCGUUGACGCAGAAUUUUGUGCCCAAGUCAAACUCCCUCUACCAUCUCACCGAGGUUCUGGGCUUCUUGAGGGACAAGGCAGACCAAGUCACGGGCUUCAAGCAGGAGGUGACCGAUCCAUACGCGCUCUUCGUCGAGCGGCUGCAAAAGGAACACCCGGACAUCCUCGAGGAGGCCUUGCAGAAGCUCGAGAAGAGGAGCAGCCAGAAGAAGAGAAAAUGGGAAGAGGCGGUUGGUGGAGGUGACACCAAAGCGAACAACGGAGGCGGCUUCAGCUUCGGGUUCGGUGGAGACUUGGAUGAUGAUGAUGAGAUACCAUGA